UGCGUCCCUUGAUUUUUUGGAAUUCUAAUUUUGCCCUUGGGAGUUUUCUUUGAACUGGUUUCCUUCAUCGAAAAAGUGGUUUGUUGUGGCUGACAUAAUAGGGAGAGAAUACUCUGGUGAGCAUUAGUUGGGAUGGUGGUGAUUUGUCGAAGUCAAAGGGGUCAUAGUAUGUUUAUUAAGGUAUGAAAUGUCUUUUUCGUGGUUCAUAGUUGGCUAAAAUGUCAAACUUGAGCUCACCUGGAUCCUUUAUUUAUACUAUUUGAAAUGGGAUUUUACUUACAGUUGACCUAAUCAAGGUCCAAAUGUACCUUAACCUCGUUAUUUAGUUGACUCAGGGAUUACCUUUGCUAAGCUAUGUUUAUGUUGGUAAACUAUUUUUCCAAGGGUUGUUCAGCCUACUGAUUGGGUAACAGAUCAAUUCUGGUUGGUCAUUGAUCAAACGAAGUGCCGAUUGUAGAGUCGCUCCCAUGGACUCUAUAGCUCUGUCUAGUUUUGGCAUAUCAGAGGUUGGAGGUGGAGGUGGCGGUGGCCUAGGUGCCAUAACUUUGCUCACAUACAUAUCAAGAAUUGAAGGAAACUACAACAUGACAAAAAGAACACAAGUAUUUCAAAAGGAUCUAUUUACAAAGGCUUUAAACCUAAAGCUAAACAAUCACAUCUUCCUCACCCUGGGUUGGAUCAACUCCUACUUCCUCAUCUGGUGAUAUAGCAAAAGAAGAAAAACGAACACAAGACAAAACAACACAACAAAAGGUUUCUUUUUCAACCUGUGCCUUUAUAUUUCAAUGGACAAUCUCUGGUUUCUGUCUCGCAUCUGUCUCGUUGCCGCUCAGCCGCCACCUGCCAGCUGUCCAUUGCCACCGGUCACCGGCUGUCCGCUGCUGCCAGCCACCGUCUCCGGCCACCGUCGGCACCGUCUCCGGCCACCGCCGCCAGCACCGUCUCCAGUCGUCGUCUUCGGCCACUGUCACCGGUUGUCCGUCAUCUGCCGUCCGCCGUCUCCGGCCACCGCCUCCGGCACCGUCUCCGGCCACCGUCUCCGGCACCGUCUCCGACCACCAUCUCCAGCCACCGUCUCUGGCCACCGUCUCAGGCCGUCGUCUCCGACCGUUGUCUCCUCCACUUGUGCCACCGAUGCACCAACACCUAGUCCUACCUCUACUGCUUCCGCUAUCUUCUUCUCUAUUCUGAAAGGUCUUCAAGGAUAGUCAGUGGUUAACACCAAGAAAUUUCAACACUAAAAUUAUGGGUUGAAACAAUUCCACCAACCCUUUGUCAAAUCUGUCAGAUUUGUUUUUUGGGUGCUUUGAUAAGAGCUCAUUAUGAUCUUCCACUUUCACGAUCUGUCAUCGGCGCGCCGUCAUUUUCGCCGUUCGUCGUGAGGGGGAGUAUGUUUCCAGCCAGGUUUUAGGCUUUCAGACUCCACUAGUCAAUGAUGGUAGUCCUUGCAGUUUUGUCGCUUCUAGCCACUAC